CUCAGAAAAACAAAACCUAACAUGCAUCGUGGAAAUCGAAAUCACCGACCAAAAGAAAACAAGUAUGUGUUGUGUGUGUGAGUUUGUUGAUGUACACGUUGAUGAACAUGGCUCCUACUGCACUCUCCUAUCUUCUCUCAUCGGCAAAUCUUCACCGUUUCCCUUCCCCAAACCCUAACCCUAAUUUCCUCCAUCCGCGUACCACCACCCAAUUCCUCACCUUCGCAUCCAAUUCUUCACCGCAAAACUCCACCGCCACUCCUCCUCCUCCCACUCCGCCUCCGCCGGAACCCUCCGAGAAGAAAUCAUUUGCGGUGUCCACCGGCGAGCUGUUCUUAGGUAUCGCGACGCGCCUGAUCAAGGGCAGCAGGGGAGGAAGCAUCGUAGCGGAUUCCUCUUCGGCUUCGGUGAAAGAGGAGGAGAGGAUUGGUGCGGUGGUGGAGGAUGAGAUCCAACCCGACGUCAUUUGGGAGCAGAGAGUGAAGGACGUUGAAGCUGAGCGCAAACGCAGAGUCGUCACAAGCCCUGGCUUUAGUUUCUCUGCUGCUGGUCUUCUCUUCCCUUACCAUCUUGGUGUUGCUCAAUUCCUCAUUGAAAAUGGUUACAUCAAGGAAACUACUCCUUUAGCUGGUUCCUCUGCAGGAGCUAUAGUAUGUGCUGUGAUUGCUUCUGGAGCUAGCAUGGAAGAAGGCUUGAAUGCUACUAAAAUCUUGGCUGCCGAUUGCCGCGACAGGGGAACUGCAUUUCGACUUGGGGCUGUUCUACGGGACGUUCUUGAGAAAUUUUUGCCAGAUGAUGUUCAUGUCAGAUCGAAUGGGAGAGUUCGGGUUGCUGUGACACAGCUUCUUUGGAGACCCAGGGGUUUGCUGGUGGAUCAGUUUGAUUCUAAGGAAGAUCUCAUCAAUGCAGUUUUUACUUCUUCCUUCAUUCCAGGAUAUCUUGCACCAAGACCAGCAACAAGGUUUAGAAAUCGACUAUGCGUUGAUGGGGGCUUGACAUUGUUUAUGCCACCAACAUCUGCAACACGAACGGUUCGUGUUUGUGCUUUCCCAGCUAGCCGAUUGGGAUUGCAAGGGAUAGGGAUUAGUCCAGAUUGCAAUCCUGAAAAUGUUACUAGCCCCCGACAGCUUUUCAAUUGGGCUCUCGAGCCAGCAGAUGAUGCAAUUCUUGAUAGACUCUUUCAGCUUGGAUAUUUAGAUGCUGCUGUCUGGGCGAAGGAAAACCCAGUCGAAGAAAUAGUUCAAGAUGGUAGUCCUGCGCUUGGAAAUAGCAUUGCAGAAUAGCUCAUUAUGUAGACUGAAGAUGCACGAGGAACAAAUUAUGUUACCCUUGAAAUGGAGCGUCAAGUCAACAAGUAAUGAUGUCUUGAAGUAAAUAACUAGAGGAAUGAAUUUCGUUGUUUUAAUGUACAUUGCCAUAGGCGAAAGAAAAAUGGAGAGGUAUACAUGUUAAAUUUCUAAGCCACAAGGGUCAUGUAGUUUAAUUUAGAAUCCCUGACCCUCUAUCUGAUUUAUUGUGAAAUAAAACAGAAUUUAUUACCUUAUCGGUGACAAAA